CUUUCUACUUAAUUUUUUACUGUGUAUUAUAAAGUUAGUAAUGGGAAAAUUGUUAAUGUUGACAUUUUUAUCUUUUUUCUUGUUGACAACUAAUAAGGCUUGGUCACAACAACAAGAUCCUCAAGUUCCAUGUUUAUUCAUCUUUGGGGACUCACUUGUUGACAAUGGCAACAACAAUGGGAUACUUACUCUUGCUAGGGCCAAUUACAUGCCUUAUGGUCUUGACUUCCCCCAAGGAGCCACUGGUCGUUUCACUAAUGGUCGUACUUUUGUUGACAUUUUAGCUCAACUUCUUGGCUUCCCCAAUUAUAUUCCUCCCUAUGCAAGAGUUCGUGGUCGAAAUUUGUUGAGAGGAGCAAAUUAUGCAUCAGGAGCAGCAGGAAUUAGAGAUGAAACGGGAAAUAACUUGGGUGAUCAUAUGCCAAUGAAGCAACAAGUAGGAAACUUUGGAAGAAGUGUUGAGGAGCUGAGAAGAUUAUUCAGAGGAGAUAACUCCACACUAAAUGCACAUUUGAGCAAGUGUAUUUUGUACUCAGGAUUAGGAAGCAAUGACUAUCUCAACAAUUACUUCAUGACUGAUUAUUACUCAACUCAUUCACAGUAUACCCCACAACAAUAUGCUUCUGCACUUCUUCAAGAUUAUUCCCAGCAAUUGUCGGAAUUAUACAAUUUAGGAGGUCGAAAAGUAAUUGUAACAGCAAUAGGGCAAAUAGGAUGCAUACCUUAUCAGCUAGCAAGAUAUGAUGGGAAUGGAAGCAGAUGCAAUGAAGAGAUCAACGACGCCAUUCAACUCUUUAAUUCAGGACUCAAAAGGCUUGUUAUUCGUUUCAAUAAGGUUUUGCCUGGAGCAAAGUUUGUGUUCUUGGAUUCAUUUGAAAGCAGUAAAGAUCUUGUUCUCAAUGCAAAAACUUACGGUUUUGAAGUGGUCGAUAAGGGUUGUUGUGGAGUGGGAAGGAACAAUGGACAGAUAACAUGUCUUCCUCUUCAACAGCCAUGUGAAGAUCGUUCAAAAUAUAUAUUUUGGGAUGCUUUUCAUCCUACUGAAGUAGCAAAUAUUCUGUUGGCAAAGAAAUCAUACAGCUCCAAGUCAAAGACAUUUAAUUAUCCAAUAAAUAUACAACAAUUGGUUAGGCUCUGAGGUGUACGCCCUAAUUGUAAUGCUUGUUAGAUUCAUUGCUUCUUCUUUAUUUCUUUGUUUUUCUAUUAGAAUUGUAUUUUCAUAUUGAAUUUCAAUGUGUUGAAGGUUUACUUAAACAUACCCUCUUAAAAUGUUUCUUAUGAAUCAAGUGUUACUAUAGUA